AUGGGACAAUCACCAAUUCGACGUCGCACAACCCGCUCACGAUCCAAUACAUUUCGCACAGUUGAUGUAUCACCGCGUCAACCAGAAUGGCAUCCAGGUCAAGAACCUGGGCUUGAUCCCUCUAAAGCUGAUGGCGGACGAUCCACAGGUAUAAACUUACACGAGGAUUGCCAGAUAACUGUCGUGGACUUCAGCGAAGAUAAGAUGGUCAAGAGGGAGUUCAAUAAUGAGGAACUGGUUAGGUUUUUGGAUAUUGAACAAGAGCAACGGAUCAAAUGUCGGUGGAUAAAUAUUAAUGGACUCAGUUGGGAUGUAAUUAAGGCUGUUGGGAAGAGGAAGAAGUUACACAAAUUGGCCAUCGAGGAUAUGGUUAAUCUUAAUAAUAGGACAAAGGCAGAUUGUGAAUCAGACUACGAUGAUGAUAAUGAACAAGAAAUAACAUUGGAAAGUCCAAGAAGACAAAAACGAGGACCAUUCCGGAAGGCGUUCCACAAUUUCAUGAAACGAAGGAGGAAUGAUAAUAUGGCACAGAACGAUAAACUUGCGGGUGAUUUUCAUGAUCCUACCAAGGAAUAUGUUACUGGGCAUACGGAUGGUGUACAGUCUUCACCGCUAGCUGUUAGUGCUGAACAGGUCUCGAUGUUUUUGACAGCUGACAAUAAUGUCAUCUCAUUUUUCGAAAACUCCGCCGACGAUAUCGAAACCCCCAUUCUUCACAGAUUGAGCAACUCCGAUACAAUACUCCGCAGAUCAUGCGAUGCAUCAAUGGUAAUGCAGGCCAUUAUUGAUGCUAUCAUUGAUCUUGCUAUCCCUGUUACUUUUGCCUAUCAGGAUAUAAUUGGUUCACUAGAACUAGAUGUCUUGACAAAUCCCAAUAUCAAACAUGCAACAUCAUUAUACGUUGUGACCAGCGAAAUCAUCACCUUGCGCAACUUCAUCAACCCUAUCGCUAAUCUCAUUAAUUCUCUUCGCGAUCAUAAAAAUAUCGGUCAAAGAGGUGAUGUACAAAAGGCAGCAUCUGCUAUUAAGAUCAGUCAAAUGGCUCAAACAUACCUCGGCGACGUGGAAGAUCAUGUUGUAUUAAUCACAGAAUCUCUCGACCAACUUCGAAGAAAUGCCGAUGGAAUGAUCGAUCUGAUAUUCAACACCAUCUCUGCGUAUCAAAAUGAGUCCAUGAAACAACUCACAAUUGUCACUAUCAACUUCCUUCCCUCGAGUUUCUUGAUGGGAUACUUUGGGAUGAAUUUUACGGAUAUGCCAAGUAUAGAACAUAACGAGAAAUACUUUUGGCACAUAGCUUUACCGGUUGCAUUCGUGGUAAUUAUGUUCUUGAUGAGGGAUAUGAUCAUCUGGUGGUUCAAGAGAACAGCACAAAGGAGAGGAGAGAGUCGGAGUAAAGGAUUGAAAGAAAAGAGGAUUAGAUGA